UAUCAAAAGCCUCAACCUCAUUUACAAAAUCCUUACCGCCAAAACUUCCCCCCAAAAAAACUUACCGCGAAACCUAAAAAUCUCCCGCCAAAGCACAUCAACCUCUCUUAUAUCCCCCCAAAACAGUACCCUCACUACUCAUAUCACAACCCGCCACCGCUGUUUCCUCUUUCCACUUUCUCUCUCCUCCAUAUCCAUGGCUUCGGUAGCUCUACGACGACGAACCCGUGCUCCGAAACCUGUUUAUCGUUCUCCAUCACCAUCACCAUCAUCAGAACCAGAAUCAGAUCUAGAUUACGAUGAUGUGUGUUGCGAGGAGUGUGGAUCAGGGAAGAAUGCUCCUGAUUUAUUGCUUUGCGAUGGGUGCGAUCGAGGGUACCAUUUAUUCUGUCUUAAACCUAUUCUUGUUGCUAUUCCUAAAGGUUCCUGGUUUUGCCCAAUUUGCUCCGGUGGCAAAAGUAAGAAGCUCAAGACAUUCCCGUUAGUACAGACGAAAAUUGUUGAUUUUUUCAGAAUCCAGAAGCCAUCUGCAGAAGAUGAAAAACCAAUGGCAGAUACUCGCAAGAAGAGGAAGCGUUCGAGUGGCUUUGCAAUAUCAAAAAAGAGCAGGAAAUUGCUUCCAUUUAAUCCUACUGAGGACCCUGAAAGGAGAUUGGAGCAAAUGGCUUCUUUAGCCACUGCGUUGAUGGCAACCGGGACAGAGUUUAGUAAUGAGCUCACUUAUGUACCCGGCAUGGCUCCAAGAUCAGUAAAUUGUCCUGCUUUUGAGAAGGGGGGAAUGCAGGUCAUGCCAAAAGAAGAUGUUGAAACCUUGAAUUUGUGCAAAAGAAUGAUGGAAAGAGGAGAAUGGCCUCCCCUUCUAGUUGUCUUUGAUCCCAAAGAAGGGUUCACAGUGGAGGCAGACAGGUUCAUCAAGGAUUUAACAAUCAUCACAGAAUAUGUUGGAGAUGUUGAUUACCUCCGGAAUCGUGAAAAUGAUGAUGGGGACAGUAUGAUGACAUUGCUUUCAGCUAGUAAUCCCUCACAAAGCCUUGUUGUAUGCCCUGACAAGCGCAGUAAUAUUGCUCGUUUUGUCAAUGGUAUCAACAACUAUACUCCGGAAGGGAAGAAGAAGCAGAAUCUAAAGUGUGUAAGAUAUGAUGUCGCAGGCGAAUGUAGAGUUUUGCUAAUUGCAAAUAGGGAUAUACGUAAAGGAGAGAGGCUAUAUUAUGAUUACAAUGGACUUGAAAAUGAAUACCCAACUAAGCAUUUCGUAUAACAUAUCCCUUGUUUCUCUUAUGCUUAACAAGUUGGAAGAAUUACCUUUUUUUAACCUUAACAAACUCCCAUAUUUUGUUCACCUGAUGAGCUGAAUCUAAUAUGUAAUCUGUAUAUUUAGUCCUUAGGCGAUUUAUUAAUUUCAGCUCCAUCAAGUAGAAUUGUAUCUCCUUGGAAAAUUUAGAUUUCUCAAUAUUUAAUCAAUUUUGGCAUCAUUUUGUCAGAGAUGUUUUGGUUCUA